GGUUUGGAAGAGAGGAAGAGCAAGAAGACAAACUGUCUGGAGAUCGAAUCCAAGGCAAGAAACUUCGAAGUAAUACUUCUCUCGGUGCUGGAAAAGGAGUUUGGGGUGGAACCACUCAUUCCGGCAAGAAAAUCCGAGAACGGACAAAGAUUCUUGAAGUUUAUGGACGAAAAUCGGAGUUUCAAGAAAAAGCGAUUUUCGGAGAGAGGAGGCAUUGCCGCCACGUGUCGGAAGGUGUACGGAGGAGCGUGCCAGGACCAACGAGCGACACGUGGUGACCGCGGGCUGGAGAAGCACAUCAGGCUGCGCAACCGGGUCGGCCUGAGUCAAAACCACGCGAACCGAACCGAUCCAGCCACUGGCCCACGACUACGCAGGAAGUCGCGCGUAGUACACCCUCCAGAGCGCGCAUGUAGGUGCGACCUAUCAAGGAAAUUCCAUAAUUUUUGGAACCUUUUCCGGCAAAUAAUUCGAGCUUGGGAAGGCACGCAUCAACGAAGUACCAAUCGAUACGCGGAGGUGUUCAAGAGCUGCACUAUCACAGAGGGGUGUCGUUCCGGAGCGUCAGUCCCUUAUCGGUCUUUUACAGUCUUUUGUAUUUCAUUUUAUAUUUGUAAUUUCCUUUUGUAAUAAUUUGAAACAAAUCUUUUCUC